UCUGACCAAAAAUCUUACAGAUUUCAUUUUUGCUCUGUUUUGCCCUAAUAAUGAAAGCAGCUAAGUUCAAUGUUUUUACCCAAUUCCGUUUCUUGUUUUUCAAUUCUAAAACCCUAAAUCCUUUAAACCCUAACACAUUCAGAUUCCUCACUGUAGCUGCUGUCUUGCCUUCUCCUGAAAAAUCUCCAGAAGACCAAACUGAAGAAGAACUCAGUAGUACUCCCAAAGACUCAGCAGAUUUGUUUAAGCAAUGGGGUUGCACUGACGAUGACAUUUCCAAGAUUUUUCAGCGACGCCCGUCUUUGCAAAGAAUGGAACUCAAACUACUUGACUCAAAGCUCAAAAUACUUAGUGAGUUAGGUUUACCAUCCUCUGAUCUCACCAGGAUUAUUAAUUGCCGUCCUCGUUUCCUUGAUUGUCGGAUUAAUCGUUGCUUGGAAGAACGCCUUGAGUUUUUCCAGACUUUGUUUGGUACUAAAGAAAUUCUUCUUAAGGCCAUUGUUCGAAAUCCGUCUUUGCUUACUUAUGACUUCCAUAAGCAGAUUAAACCAAUUGUUGCAUUUUAUGAACAAUUGGGUCUUAGCAGAAGUGAGUUAGUUUCCAUGCUUUUAGCUCGACCAACUCUGAUACCAAGAACCUCUUUGGAUGAUGAGAAGAUGGAUUUUAUUCGAAGAACCGGUGUGGAAAAGGGUACUACAAUGUAUAAACAUGUGGUUGCGUUGUUUGCUAUUUCGCGGUCCGAGACUAUCCGUCAGAAGGUGGCUAAUUUGGAGAAACAUGGGUUUUCUGAAGAUGAAGUCUUUAGGCUUUUUGGAAGGUCUCCAUUUUUGUUAACAUUGUCUGUUGAUAAGGUUCAGAGAAACAUGACUUAUAUAUUGGGUACAAUGAAGCUUUCUGCAAAUUUGGUUCAAGAUAACCCGUGUUUGCUGUUCCUGAAUUUGGAGACUGCCAUAAAGCCAAGGUAUUUAUUAGGGGCAAAGCUAGAUGAUAUGGGUCUGGUUCCUCGAGUGAAAGGUCCUUCAUUGUUAAGAGCAAUGAGAAUGACAGAAAAGCGGUUCAUCAAGGCCUUUAUAAAUUGCCAUCCAGAAGAUGUGGCUCAUGAAUUGAUGGAGUACUAUACAGGAGUUAAACGUGUUAGAAGGUUGGCAGAAUCCUCCAAGAAACAAUUGUACAGAGGAUUUCCCUUUUGAACACAUGUCCCAACAGAGGCUUUUCCCAUUAUCAUUUGACUCUGUUUGUUAUGGAAAUC